AUGGCUGUUUACACCGGCGUGGACCUUGAACAUGCUAUUCAAAGGAUGGCAACAUUGCAAGUGCAAUUAAACAUAGUUCGGAAGUUAUUGGAAUCACGCAUUGAGCUUCGCCCUGUUCUGCAAACAUCUCAUAAAAGAUUGAAAGAUAUGAUUUUCCUUGAUAUUUCUUUGGAUUCUGCUCUUGGAACCACUGCGGAAAAGGGAUUAAAGAAUGUGAACUUUGCAAACCCAUUGGAAGUAUUGUCUUUGUUUUCUUUGAUGCUUGAGAAUCUUUGCUUAUCAACUGUCAACAAUGAAGACUACACAUACUGCACAAAGGACUCGUAUCGCAUUUGUGUAUUAUACAAAUCGGGUAAUAGUCAGUGGGCAUUACAAACAAAGGCUAUACUUGACCGAUUGCAGCUAUUACUUGCUGAAAGGUCUCAGCAUUACCAAAAUCGGAUUCAACCAAGUGCUCAGUAUCUUGGUAAUUUGCUUGGACAUCCAAAAUGGACGAUUGAUAUUUUUACAGAGGAGUUGAUAAGAUCGGGAUGUUCUGCUAUUAUGAAAAAUGGAACUAACUGUUUUGUCAUGGAAGCAAAAAAUCUAACAAAGGACAUAAGUCGGUUGUUGCAGAUAUGUUUUGCCACGUGCUUUGAUCAAAAUAUUUUCCGGGAUCUCAUGUUAAAGGAAGGAAAAGCAAUAGCAAUAAAACUGAAAUCAAACAAUUUGGUUGUAAGGGAGACUAAUAGCUCUAGUCUAUCUCAUACCUCCAUUGUUUCAUUCUCUAUUCCUCGAGGAGUGACUUUUAAAAAGAAGACUCUCUGUGGUAAAUAUGCUGCUUCAGUUGGGGAGUUUACCACUGAAAUGGCAUGA